AUGAUCAUCGACAGCAAGUCCAUGGAUCCUCCUCCGCCGUAUCUUCUGCAACCGCCGCCGCCCCCUUUCUCAGCUAUCCCAGCCAAAUCGAGUCUUAGAGCUCAGAGGGCAAGCUUCUCUACAUUGCCAGCGCACAUCCUACUUCAGAUAGUUUACUCCACUUUCCCUCAAUCAGACGGUCUCUAUGACGGGCAAAGUAAGUUGGAAAGGCAAAGAGAGAAUCUGCAUUGGAUGGUCACUUCUCUGAGGCUAGUUAACAGGGCGAUCUAUAUCGCGAGUAUGCAUAUCCUGCGUUCAACUUAUAUACCGGCGUAUGACUCUCUCAUUCGCCCACCAUAUACAUCGGAUCCAUUCCCGUCUGACCUGGCCGGGGUCGGGUCGGAUUCCAUCAUCAUAGCCAAUCAUAGGGAGCUUUCUACGCUCGACCAUUUCAUUGCUCUUCUGGCACACGAAGACCUUUACCUUGACGCAACCUCACUCCAUCUCCCACGGGAAGAAGCGUAUAAAGACCUAUUCGAUCUAGCACAGCCAAGGAGUCGGCUGGAGGAUCUAAUCAGAGAAGAAGGAGAGAAAGCUGGCCUUAUUUACACGGGUGAACGGCCGCCACCGUCUCCUUCACCUCCUAUGACGGCAGAUGAUCUAACCCCAAAUCCAAGGAUAGUAUUGGAAGACACUCCAGUUCCUGGAGCCUCGGUUCAUCCUACUUCCUCACAAUCAGCUUCUCCGACGAAACCUUCUUUCAACCCUUUCUCCAAGUCGUCGUAUCUUGCCCUAGCCAAAGACAAGAUACGUCGUCGUUCCACGUCCAAAACGCCUCCGUCACCAUUGACGCCUACCUUUGACGGACAACAGGUCCAAGGCCAAACGAGUCAACCAUCCGAUCCGGAGCCGCUCCCAUUUGCUCAAUUAUCUGUUUCUUUCUCUCCUCGGAAGGUGGGGCUUGUCUUGAUCAUUACUACCACGACGGCGGGGUCAUUCCAAGGGCAAGACUUUGGUGCAUUGAGUUUGAGCAUCACUGGUCCGAAGGACGGGGGUCGCACCUUGAAGAAGAAUUUGGUAGAACUUUCCAGACCUCGGGAAGAAAAACUCGAGAUUACUGCCAAGAGAGUUGUCAGAAGUUUACGAGAAGUUCUAUUGGAAGAUACAUGA